UUAACAAGAGAAAACAUCCCAACAGCACCCAAGUAUCUUGUACUACUACUUUUUCAAAACUCAUCUGCCAUCACUUUUAUUACCAAAAUGGCUGAAGAGAAGAAGCACCACUUCGGUCUCUUCCACCACAAGGACAAGGAGGAAGACAAAACUACCUAUGGAGAAACUCCAUAUGGUGGUGAUACUGAAAAAACUACCUAUGGAGAGAAUACAUAUGAAGAGAAAACUAGUUAUGGUGGGGGAGAUAACUAUGGGGAUAACAAAUAUGGUGAGAAAACUGGCUAUGGAGAAAGUGGAUAUGGAGAGAAAACUAGUUAUGGUGAGGGAGGUAACUAUGGAGAUAGUGGCUAUGAAAAUAAGACUAGCUAUGGAGAUAGUGGCUAUGAAAAUAAGACUAGUUAUGGAGAUAGCGGCUAUGAAAACAAGACUGGCUAUGGAGAUAUUCCAUCUGAUACUACCUAUGGAGAGAAAACUAAUUAUGGUGAAGGAGAUACCUAUGGAAAAGGAGCUGCCUACUCAUCUGAGACCACUAAUUUUGAAGAGACUACUGAUGAAGGCAAAACUGGUGAGGAUUAUGAGAAAGAGAAAAAGCACCACAAGCAUCUUGAACACGUGGGAGGGCUUGGGGCUGCUGCUGCUGGUGCCUUUGCCUUGCAUGAGAAGCACAAGGCAGAGAAAGAUCCAGAACAUGCACACAAACACAAGAUAGAAGAAGAAAUAGCAGCAGCAGCUGCAGUUGGGGCAGGUGGAUUUGCAUUUCAUGAGCACCAUGAAAAGAAGGAAGCCAAGGAAGAAGAAGGGGAAGUUGAGGGAGAGAAGAAACAUCAUUUCUUCUAAUUUUCUCAUAAUAUAUAUUUACCUCUCUUUAAUUUGUUUUCUUCUAAAAUAUAAGUUAUGAGCUUCGUGUGCUUGCUCUAUCCUCUAAUACUGAGCACCUAAAUAAUCCGUGUGUGUGUGUGAGUCUUCCCUUUGAUGUAAGGGUUUUACUUCUAUAUCUUGGUGGGGUUUAAUUAUGUCAUGCACAUGUUGUUCACUGUGCAAGUGUGAAUAAUACUAUACCUUUUAAUGCAAUAUUUUUGUCUUAAUAAUAUGAUACAGAAAAAAGACUCAUGUCUUUACUCUUUC